GCAACUCUCGCUUACCACGCAAUCCCGGUGCUCACGAUUACUUGGGACAACUCCUCCCCAUCCACGUCCUCACACCGUCUUUGGCUUCUGCCUGCGCGCGCGUAGACAGACUACUUAGAGCCACGUCUCCCCCCACACCCCUCCGCAACACGCACGUCGAGUCGCGAAGAUGCGUUUGGACGUAAAGAGGCAACUGUUUGCGAGGUCGGAGAGGGUCAAGGCAAUUGACUUCCACCCGACUGAGCCAUGGAUCCUCACAACCCUGUACAGCGGACACGUCCACAUCUGGUCGUACAUUUCGCAGUCGAUCGUCAAGACGUUCGAGCUCACCGAUGUACCUGUCCGCGCGGGUCGCUUCAUUGCGAGGAAGAAUUGGAUAGUCGCAGGCUCCGACGACUUCCAACUACGCGUGUACAACUACAACACCUCGGAGAAGGUCACAUCUUUCGAGGCACACCCAGACUACAUCCGCGCCAUUGCUGUGCACCCGACGCAGCCGUUUGUCUUGACCGCCAGUGAUGACAUGACAAUAAAGCUGUGGGACUGGGAUAAAGGAUGGAAGUGCGUGCAGGAAUUCGCCGGCCACCAACACUAUGUUAUGGGCAUCGCUAUCAAUCCCAAAGAUCCAAACACAUUCGCAUCUGCGUGUCUCGAUAGGACAGUCAAAAUCUGGUCGCUGGGCAGCUCGACGCCCAACUUCACCCUCGAAGCGCAUGAGACCAAGGGCGUCAACUUCAUCGACUAUUACCCUCAAUCCGACAAGCCAUACCUCCUCACAACAUCCGAUGACAAGACGGUCAAGGUCUGGGACUACACAACAAAAGCCCUCAUUGCAACGCUCGAGGGUCACACCUCAAACGUCAGCUUCGCCGUAUACCACCCUGAACUCCCUGUCAUCAUCUCCGGAUCUGAAGACGGCACGAUCAAGAUCUGGCAUUCCUCAACUUACCGUUUAGAGCAGUCGCUCAACUAUGGUCUGGAACGAGCAUGGUGUGUAGCAUACCAGAAGAGCAAAAAUGGUGUUGCGCUCGGUUUUGAUGAUGGUGCCGUAGUUAUCUCCAUGGGUCGAGAAGAGCCCGCUGUCAGUAUGGAUGCCGGUGGCAAGGUCCUUUGGGCAAAACACAAUGAGAUUCUCACUGCUGUCAUCAAGGGCAACGACCAGCUGAAAGAUGCUGAGCGUCUCACACUCCCCUCCAAGGACCUUGGCUCAACCGAGAUAUAUCCUCAAUCAUUACUUCACUCGCCGAACGGACGAUUCGUCGCAGUUUGCGGUGACGGCGAAUACAUUAUUUACACUGCGCUUGCCCUCCGCAAUCAGGCCUUCGGUUCCGCGCUCGACUUUUGCUGGGCGUCAAAAGAACACGACAAGGAUUACGCUAUCCGAGAAUCUGCCACAAGUGUAAAGAUCUUCCGCAACUUCAAAGAACGAAGCGUGUUGAAUGUCGGCUUCUCCGCUGACGGCCUGAGCGGCGGAGUUCUGCUUGGUGUCAAGGGCCAAGGUGGUGUCGGCUUCUUCGAUUGGGACUCCGGCUCUUUGGUCAGAAGGAUAGAGGUCGAGCCGAAGAGUGUGUACUGGUCAGAGAGCGGCGAGCUCGUCACGCUGGCUACCGAUGACACAUUUUACGUUUUGCGUUAUUCAAGAGAGAGCUACCUUGAGGCGGUACAAAACGGGGAGGUCGAUGAGGACGGCGCCGAGGCCGCUUUCGAGGUUGUUUGUGAUAUCAAUGAGGGCGUACGCACCGGAUGCUGGGUUGGAGACUGCUUCAUCUACACAAACAGCACAAACCGUCUGAAUUACCUUGUUGGCGAUCAAACUUACACCAUCUCACACUUCGAUUCACCACACUACGUCCUUGGAUACCUUCCCCGCGAUUCGAGAAUUUACAUUGCGGAUAAGGAUGUCAACGUCGUUUCGUUUGCUCUUUCUCUGGCCGUGGUUGAGUACCAGACCCUCAUUCUUCGAGGUGACCUGGAGGCCGCCGAAGAGACACUACCCUCAGUACCCAAGGAUCAAAACAAUAAGAUCGCCCGGUUCUUGGAAGGUCAAGGUUACAAGGAGAUGGCUCUCAAGGUUGCUACGGACCCUGAACACCGCUUUGAUCUCGCUCUUUCGCUCGGUGACCUUCAACAAGCCGUCGAGAUUGCGCGUGAGCAGGAUACAGAGCACAAGUGGAAGACAGUCGGCGAUGCAGCACUAGCAGGCUGGGACGUCAAGCUUGCACAGGAAUGCUUCGUCAAAGCGAAAGACUUGGGCUCCCUUCUUCUCGUCUACUCCGCAACCUCGGAUACCGAUGGACUCCGCGAACUAGCUUCCCUUGCCGAGACCGCAACAGCAAACAACAUUGCGUUCUCUGCGCUCUGGCAAUCUAACGACACACAGGGUUGCAUUGACUUGCUUGUCAAGACGAAUCGCCUUGCCGAGGCAGUGCUGUUCAGCCAGACGUACAAACCUAGCACAACAGCGGGUCUGGUCAAGCAGUGGAAGGCUAGCCUUGAAAAGGAGAAUAAGAUCAAGGUCGCGCGGCUGUUGGGCGCGCCGCCUUCUGAGGGCGAGGGCGACGACGAGAUGUUUCCUGAGUGGGAGGAGUAUCUGAGAUUGGAGAGGGAAGGCGGGACAGUCAAGGACCUUUUGAUUCAGGAGGAGGAGGAGGCGGAUGAUGCGGCGGAGGAGGAGGUUGCUCAGGAAGAGGAGGAAGAGGAGGAGGAAGAGGAAGAGGAGGAAGAGGAAGAAGAUGACGAGGAGGAGGAUGAGGAGUAGGCGUUUUGCAUUCAAUGGGCAGGUCAAAAGGCAGGUUAGGUUGAUGUUUACGCUGGUACUUGAUGUGAGUGAAUGACUUUGUCUUUCUAGUCUACGAUGAUGAAGAAGACUUAGUGUAUGGGAAUGAUCAAAUGGUACUAUUCUUUCAUUGCUGGUUCAUUUUUUUCACGC